AUGCUGUCGUCGACUUGCCUCCGAUCUGCCCGUGGGCUGGCGCGGCUCGCGCCACGGACCUUCACCACCACAGCCCGCCAAUUGGACACCAAGUCCGUGGCGCCCACGCCCUCGACAGAGUCUCCCGUGCCAAAGACCGAGAGCCAGCUGCCGGCAGAGCUGCCCCAGGCGCCAAACAGGAAGGGAAUCUGGUCCCGGAGUCAGCGCCCACGGAAUGAGGCCAUGACGGGCCCCCGCUUCGAGCAGACAGACUUCGAUCUCCAGCCCCAAUCCUACUCGGCCAUGGAGCUCAUCCACAAGCAGCCCGUCCGCUGGACCCACGACCGAAUUGUGUCUUGUGAUGGCGGCGGCGGUCCUCACGGACACCCCCGGAUCUUCAUCAACACCGACAAGCCCGAGAUUGCCGUCUGCAACUACUGCGGCCUGCCAUACGCCAACGAGCAUCACCGCGAGCACCUCCAAUCGCUGCCGCAAACGUCGUACCCCCUCGAAGAUGUGGAGGGAGUCGGCGAAACUCCGCCGCUGUCUCGGCCUCACCCACCCCAUUGA